AUGGCGGAUAUUGAAGACGACUUUGACAUAUGUACUGAAAGCGAUUCGCGUAAGAUCGACGAAGUUCAAAUAAAGAUUCGCUCUAAACGAGAUCCAGUCGAACUUGGUCAGAUGGAUUCCUUCGUACCCGGAGUAGCUCCUGUAUGGAUUAAAACAUGGGGUUGUUCUCACAACAGUAGCGAUAGUGAAUACAUGGCAGGUGUUCUUGCAAAAGCUGGAUACCCUAUUGUGAGAAGAUCUUGUGAUGCAAAAAUUUGGGUUUUGAACACUUGUACGGUGAAAACUCCGUCGGAAACAGUGGCGAAUAAUUUGCUACAGGAAGGGAGAAAACAAGGGAAGUUCAUCGUCAUGGCAGGGUGCGUAUCACAGGCUUCACCAGACGAACAAUGGCUGAAAAACGUUUCUAUCGUGGGUGUAAAACAAAUAGACAGGAUAGUAGAGGUUGUUGAAGAGACUUUAAAAGGAAACACAGUGCGACUACUGAGUCGACGACGCCCAGAUGCUCAACUUUCAUUGCCGAAAAUGCGGAAAAAUGAGCUCAUUGAGGCUUGCACUGCAUUUGAAAGAGAUGGAGUGAAGGAAUUGUGGUUAACAUCAGAAGAUCUGGGAGCGUGGGGACGAGACAUCAACAUGGUUCUGCCAGAUUUGCUUAAUGCCCUUGUAAAAGUGAUUCCCGACGGAUGCAUGAUGAGGCUUGGGAUGACUAAUCCUCCAUACAUUCUUGAUUAUUUAGAGGAUAUCGCAGCUGUGUUGAAUCAUCCAAGGGUCUACUCGUUCCUUCACAUUCCAGUCCAGUCAGGUAGUGAUGCGGUGCUGCGAGAUAUGAAGCGAGAAUAUACAUGCGAUCAUUUUAGAAUGAUAGUGGAUUUCAUGCUGAAAGAAGUUCCAAAUAUCUACAUAGCAACGGACAUGAUCUGUGCGUUCCCAACUGAAACUGACGAGGAUUUCGAGGAGAGUAUGGAGCUCAUACGCGAAUACCAGUUUCCGUCGCUUUUCAUCAAUCAGUUUUAUCCUCGUUCUGGAACACCAGCGGCAGCAAUGAAAAAGAUUGAUACGAUUGAAGCAAGACGUCGGACCGCCGCCAUGUCUGCAUUAUUUAGAUCAUACAGCAGAUAUACACCGGGAAGAAUUGGUGAAGAACAUGAGGUGCUGGUUUGCGAAAUGGCAUCAGACGGUGUAAAUGCUGUUGGUCACAAUAAAUGCUAUGAGCAUUUCUUAUUACCUUAUCGUGAAGGUGUGAUGGGCAACUGGAUUCGGGUUCGAAUCACUGAAGUGUCGAAAUUCUAUAUGCGAAGUGUAUUGUGUGGCAGUAUCGAUGACAGGAAUAAAUUGACGCUAACUGAUUGGACAGCUAAACAACUCGAUAGUUGCCAACCGAUGGGUGUGUUCAGGCCAAGCGACACCAUCAAAGUCUUCACAACGUCAACAGAGAAAUCACCAAUGGGUGUCAUCGUCUUGUCUAUACCGUUAGUGAUCGGCAUGAUUUUUUGGUAUAUCUAUGGAAUCUGA